AUGUCUCGCUCAGGCACCACUCUCUACGUCUCGGGCUUUGGUCAUGGUACUCGAGCUCGUGACCUGGCCUACGAGUUCGAACACUACGGUCGACUUGUCCGCUGCGACAUCCCGGCUCCCCGCACUGCUAGCAGCAGACUCUUCGCCUUCGUCGAGUACGAAAGUCGCCGCGAUGCCGAUGAUGCCUACCACGAGAUGCAUAACAAGCGUAUCGGCAGGGAUGAUGUCUUGAAGAUCGAGUGGGCCAGAACGCCUCCCUCUGCCUCCUGGCGCUUUGAUGCUGGCCGUGAGCGUGGAGGCGAGCGCGGAGGCGACCGAGGAGGUGAUCGUCGUUCCGAACGAGGCGAUAGAGGCGACCGCGGCGACCGCAGUGAUCGUCGUGAUCGCUCUCCCCCUCCUCGCAGAAGCUAUGGUCGCUCUCAAUCUCCACGUCGCCGCGACUACUCGCCCCGCAAAGAUGAUCGUCGCAGCGAUCGUGACCGUGGUGACAGAGACCGCGAUCGAGACUACGAAAAGGGCCGUCGUCGCUCUCGCAGCCCGGACGAUCGUGGCCGCGACCGAGAGGAUAGAGACCAUCGAGACGACGACCGCGAUGCUCCAGCUAAUGGCGAUGAUCGCAAAGCCGCUGACUCGCCACCGCCUGCUCGUGCGGACGACAUCGAGCUCGACACUGCCGACAAUUGA